CGCGGGGCGGCGCUGGCGCUGCGGGGCCGUGAGGGCCGGGCCGGGCCAUGCGGGCGGGGGCGGCGGCGGCGGCGGCCGCGGGGGGCCUGGGGGCGGCGGCGGCCGCCCUGGCGAAGCUGGCGCUGGGCCCGGGCGGGGAGGCGGCGGGCGGCCUGCUGCCAGUGUUGCUUCGCCUCAGCUGUGUUGGCCUGGUGUUUGUGUGCAAUGCAGUGAUGUGGACAGUCUUCACAAAAGCCUUACGACUCUCCUCCUCCUCGGCUGCUGCCUCUGUGACUACGACAGCCUCCAACUUCAUCUCUUCAGCUAUCCUGGGAAAAUUGCUCUUUGGGGAGACGUGGACACCCCUGUGGUGGGUCGGCCUCGCCGUGACAGUCUGCGGGCUCAUGCUGCUGCACACGGCCGCACCCCAGCUGGUGCAGGUCCCAGCGGAGAAGGAGUCAUGAUGGCUGCUGGAGGGGUCAGGGUGCCGUGCUGCCCCUCUCCAGCCUGUCUCGUGACAACAUCCCCAGUCGCCACCGGCCUCUGAACGCCUCGGCCACCGAGCUGCCAACCCCUGCCCACCGCUCAUCUGCUGACUUGCAAAAUCACGUUGGUCACAUCUUUCCUGGUGGUGGUGGUGUGGUGGCAGUGACAGUCUCGGAGGGAGCUGGUCAACUCUGAGUCAUUAUUGUGGAAAUCAGGGCCAGAGGCCAUCAGCCACUCCUCUUCACACCCUGUGCCUAUGGAGCUUUCCCAGUUUGGGGAAUGCUGAAAGUAAACAUGGUGGCUGUGGAAGGUGCUUGUGCAUCAGUAUUUUUCUGUGAAAGGACCUAUCCCAAAAUAGAAAAGCAAUCAGAAUUAGAUGCUGAAGACAGCUGUUACUUCUGCUCUGCUGUUCCAGCCUUUUUGUCUCCUGAAAUGGUUUCUAUGCCUGCUGCUACCUGUAAGGUUGUGGAGACUUUCAUUAAUUCUUUCAGCUUCCUCUAUCAGCCACAUACACCUUUUAAAUUGCCAUUUGUAUCUGACAUCUAGAUCAUUUACCCAUUCCUGACAUGUUACUCACUGUAAGGUUGCUACUCUUUCCUUUAAACCCUUAUCCAGUAGGGUUUUGAUAACCAUUCCUGCUUUGUGUAGGUCAAACUAAUUUUGGGACAAUUCAACAGGCAACCUACUUUCACUUGGAGGGUCCAUGUUCAACACAUCCCCCAUCCCCACUCAAGUUGACAAUUGCUUUAAUGGUUGGUAAAAGGGAGUUUCUCAAGCCAUGGUUUUUCUACACCUCUGGAUGAUGCUUGUUCCAAUUCUCUGUGUUUCACCUAAUUUAACUCCCAUUCGUGUGAAGUGAUCAACCAGAUCACUGGUAUCCAGGUUAUCUGCUAAAUUUUGCAUCAGCAAUUACUCCAUGUUCAGGUACCAAUUUGGUGAAUGUGUCACGAAUCACCAUUUGUAAGGUAUCGGCUUCAUUCCCCUGUCCACUUCUCUUUUUUUUUCUUGGAAAUUCUUCAGUUGGAAUCCUAGUUAAGAAAUGUAAUGAUGCUUGUAAAUGUAUGCAUCAUGCUGGUGAUAUCCCUUGUUUGCUCUGAGCUUGCCAGGUUGUCUCUAUCACCUUGUAAUGACAGAAGAUGAAUCAUGGCUGUGGCAUGUGCAGAAAACCUAAGGAUACAUUUCUUUGAGCGUCCCUAUCAGAACCUGUCGGGUCUGUCAUGACUGGCAGAUCUGCGCCGUGUCAAGUAUAAAAUAGACUUGUUGGAAAUGCCACUGGAGUUGGGUUUGUGCCUUUUUCUUCUUUGAAUCAGAAGAGUCACUGUUUCACAGAAGAGGCCAAGAGCCAUUGCUUCAUUCCCUGCCAUUCCAGGUCACCACAUCCAGCAUGUUCCAAGAGGAGCAAAGCCUUUGCCUUUCCCCUCAGUGUGCUCUCCAGUCUUCCUGUCAAAGAGGGGAGCUGCAUAUGUGGUAGGGGAGAGGGCAGAAUGCUCUGCGUGGCAGCAGUGGUAGGGUGGGAUCCCUGCCUGGGAUCAUCCACUUGCCUGGGAAGCUGAGACCUGACACAGGGAGCCAGCGUCCUUCAUAGAUCUGCAGACAUGACAGCCAGGAACUGUGCAUUUCUAAGUACAUGUCUCUUUAUGUCUUCAUACAUGAUGGAAAAUUAAUGAAGCCUGAUUUAUUUGCUCUUGUUAUUAACCAUCAGCCAGCUGUAUGCCAUGGCUGCCUUCAUGCCAACAGCAGUAGAAGGACCAGGCUCUCUGGUUAAUUUGGCUGUUGUCCCAUUUCCUAAUAAACCAUUUGGAAAGCUUUUUAACCUGGACUAUCUCAAAACUGACGUUUCUUUAUUACGGUCAUUUUUGGAGGUCAAGGUUUAGGAGGUGUUUGUUCGGAAGUGGAAGGUGUGCAGAAGGUGUGAGCAGCACUUCACUUGGUGAUGCUCACUUUAAGGCAGAUGAAUAUAAACCAGGCCUGUAAAUUCUCUCAUAAAUACUUGAAGGCAGGAACAGAAGUAAGGUUUCCUGCAAUUCCCAUGGGAAGAAAAGAUUGUCAACCAGGGUUCAUUUUAUGGCAGAAUCCCACCCCUCUUGUGUACACAGAGUUUGGUCCUGUCUGCAAGUGAAGCCAGGGCUACAAGAGAAACUGGAAUCACUGUGUGGCAAAGCAGUGCACUUCUGAUAAACCAUUCAUGUGGGAUCACCCAAAAUGUGGCUGAAGGUAAUUUAAAAAAAGGGAGGGGAUUUCCAAAAUAAAACUUAUGUUCAAAGCUCAA